AUGGGCUACGGGGCGGGGCGAGGGGAGCUCCGAGCCGCAGGCAGGCACGUCCGCGCGAAGCACAAGAGCGUCAAGGCACAUCCAGGCCAAAUCCAGGUGCACCCCGAGGUGCCAGCUGGGACAUCCGGGGAGAGCGCGGUGGAGACGGACUCCGCCGGCCGUAAGUGCCAGCUGCCCUGCGAAGGCGGUCGGGGCUGGCGCCUGGGCGAGCGCGCCGCGGUGACGGAGAAGACGGCCGCCGAGAAGGAGGCCCUCGCCACGGCGCAGGCACUGCGGGACAAGCAGCUGCAGGCAUUCCACGGCAUGGAGCUGGACAGCAUCCAGGCCCUCGAGCAGCUGAAGGCCUUCUCGGGGAAGGGGGGGUGGGGCACCAUGGCCGCGCCGCAGCCCGCUGCCCGCGGCUCGAGCGCCCUGCUGGCGGCGGGGGGCGCCCCGAUGCGGGCCCCCCGGGAGCGGCCGUCGCCGGACGAGCAGUGCGCGGAGGAGCUGCGGGCGAUUCCCGCGGCGGGGCCCCUGUGCAUGCUGGAUGGGGAGUUCGCCUUCACGACUGCCAAUACGUCUCAGUGGUCAUCGGCGCAGACGCUGAUGGAGUGGACGCGGCAUGACGCGUCGGACGUGAGCUUGCCGCAGGUGUCGUGCGUGCAGGAGUCGUGGUCCUCGGCUGCCUGGUGGUCUCGUCAAUGGGGCUACGAGCUGAUCGGUGACUUCGCGGAGGCCACUGGGGAUGGACCGCUGGAGCACGGUGGCGAAGUUGCUGCGUCGUCGAGCUUCCCAGCUUCGAAUGAGACCAGCCCUGCGCGUAUUCAGCUGCGGGGACACUGCGCUGUGACGGCGAAGGCCAUGAGGCGGGUCCAGAAGCAGCACCGCGAGCUGCCCCAGGCCGCGCUGAAGGGCGACGACGACUUCUGGCGACAGGCCGUGCUAGAGGACUGGCUCACCCUGGCCCACGCGCCGAUGCACGUCCGCGAGGACCAGGAGGUCGUGCUCGGCGCCGUGCAGCGCAGCGCUGGCGCUGCCAUCGGCGCGGCGGGGCCCUCCCUGCGGCGGAGCCGGGCCUUCGUGCUGCAGGCCCUGGCGCAGAGCGCGGGGCGCGGCCUGCAGCACGCGGCGCCAUGGCUGCAGCGGGACCCCUUGGUGAGAGCGAAGGCGGCCCAGGAGGCCCGCUGGCGCGCGGCCUCGGCCGCGCCGAGCCGCUGA